GGGGGGAUAAAGCAUAUAUAGACACCUCAUUCUUUCACAUGAGAUGUUAAUAACAUACUCGCCCAGCUCAAGCAAACACACAUCGACAUACAAACAGAAGCUGCAUCAAAUCUGAUUCACUCAAAGUGGAAAGAGCAAGACAGAGAUGCCCGCAGCAGGUGCCAGAAAUUGAGUUGAGACUGAGAGAGAGUCAGAGAGAUGGAGCGGGACUAAAACACUUUGCCAGCCUAGAAGAUUUGCAAACUAUCAUUGAAUUUUGUGUCUUUGUUUUCUUUUGCAUCUGUGUUCAUUUGUGUGAGUGCAUUUAUCUAAGCCCAUUCAUCUGAUUGUGUCCACCGCAGCAUUAGUGGUAUAUUCGGGACCAACAUCACUUGCACCAUGCUGUGCUCUUCUGUAUUUGUGGUGCUUGUAGCCCUGCUGAUCCAUCCAGUGCCUGGCCACACACGAGCUCUGCACAACCCAGACAAAGCCAUGCAGGUCAUCAAUCAGUUCUUUGAGCGCUACAAUGACCUUUUGAGUCUUGAUGAUCUUGAGAACCUCACAAGUGACCAAUCAGAGGAACCCAUGCAGACCUUCAAUUCUGGACUGAAGGUUGCAGAAUACCCUAAGUGGACUGACAUACCCGUGCAGACAGAGAACGCCUGGCUCCGGCUUUUAAAGGGGGCUUUGGUCAAUCAAAAGCGAGCUCCACCAGACCGGAUUCGAAGGGGUUGGAACCGAGGUUGUUUUGGCCUGAAAUUGGACCGGAUUGGCUCAAUGAGUGGUCUGGGGUGCUAAAAAGGACUGAGAAAUGAACCGAGAUGGCUGCUGUCCUACUUAAGGUAGAGGAUAUAACCAAACUCUGGUCUGGUCUGGUCUGGUUUGGUCUGGUCUGAUCAGGAGCAUGAGAGUUGUACUUUACAAAACUACUGUAGGUGGACAAAUUCAUUAUAAUGUGUUUCAAUAUAGUUAUUUUUUACACUGGUUAUAUGUUUACACUGGUUGUUUUACAAGUUAUAUGUUGUUUUACUCUGUUUGUUUAUUUAUUUCUUUUAAAGAGUAGCAAAAAAUCUAUGUUUUAUUUGUUCCUUGAGAUGUAGAUGAGUUGCAUUUUGAUAUUUUGUUAUCAUUUGAAUAGUGAACAAAGAUGUUAAAGUGAUAGAAAUUCCUGUAUCAAACUGUUUUAAAGAUUAUGCACGUUUUAUGAAACAUACUGCUUGCAUUAAUAAAUUAAUAAAUGUCUCCCAAGUCUG